CUCUCACUUUCUUGACCCUUUUCUCCUUUUUCACACACAAAUGGAUGUCUAAUCUAUUUUCUUCCCCCUUUUCUUGGACCAAAAAUCAAAGGACGUUAUCUACUUCUCUCUUUUACUCACUAAUUUCAGCUCUUUCUCAAGAUUUCUAUACAAAAAAUUUCAAAGUAUUACUAUAGAGAAAUCCCUUUUUUUGUAACUAGCCAAAAUCUUCGUAGUCGAUAUGCAUAAUGUUAUUGUAGUGUUAUUAGGAUAUAUCCUUCAUUUGAUUUACUACUCUAAAGUUUGCCAUUUUCAUCUUCAACCUUUGACCAUGCUACACUAGGUCAACUACAUAUUUGACCCUUAUAUUAUUCUUACUAAUUACUAAUAGUAAAAGCUGUUCCAGUUCACCUCAAUAUAGGGGGUUUUCUGACUCUUACACAAUAAGAUUUUACAAAAAUAACCAUAAGAUCUGAUAAACCUUAGAGGGAAACAACAGUUGUUGCUUAGGGUAUAUCUGUUUUCUUGCUUGUUAGCGUUUGACUAAUCAUAAGAUAGAAAGAACAUUUCUCGCCUUUUUAGUAUACUAUAUUUCCCAUGGAUUUUGUGAGAGCAAAAGUCAAUGUAACUUCAAGAAAUAUUAUUCCCAGCAAAAGUAGUGAUCUCUCAAACACUACUGUUAUUCCUUUCUCAGCUCCACCAUUAAGUCGAUAUGAGAACCAGAAACGUCGAGAUUGGAACACUUUCUGUCAAUACUUAAGAAACCACCAUCCGCCAUUGUCGUUUUCUAUUUGCAGCAGUGUUCACGUCCUGGAAUUUCUUAGGUACUUGGAUCAGUUCGGAAAGACCAAAGUUCAUAACCAAAAUUGUCCAUUUUUUGGCGUGCUGAAUCCUCCAUCGCCAUGCCUAUGUCCUUUAAGGCAAGCUUGGGGAAGUCUUGAUGCGCUUAUAGGGCGUCUUCGAGCUGCUUAUGAAGAACAUGGAGGAAAUUCAGAAAUGAAUCCGUUUGGGACUCGAGCAGUUAAGCUUUUCUUACGUGAUGUUCGUAGUUUUCAGUCUAAGUCUAGAGGGAUUAGCUAUGAGAAGAAAAGGAAAAGAUCAAGAAAUCAGAAAAUAAUAGAAGCGGCAGAAGGACAUGAUCAAUCACAUGGUGCAGGUGCAACUAUUUGUGAACAGACUAAUAAUAUUGUUGCUGAGUGAUUUGCCUAGAGUAUGAUUAAUUUCCAUAACAUAAUAAGAAAAUGAUAAUGGAACAAUGUAAAAUUCUAAUAAGAACAUGAUUUUGCAUGCCUUCUUUGGAUUUAUAAGGUGGUGUUUCAGAUAUAUUUUAGUACUAUAUAUCAUGCUCUUGUAUAUAUAUAGUUGUUUGUUGUCGUUAUUGUUGUUAU